AUGACGAAACCCACACUUCUUUUGCUCCCGGCACUUGCCAUCGCCAAGCCCCUCGUCCUCGAGCAACGACAGGAGUUCGCACGUCUCAUCUCAGUUGAAGCCCUAGGCGACGGCUGUCCGGCGGGCAGUUUCGACAUGGUCUUCAAUGAAGCCGGAAAGAGCGCCAAAGCAUCCUUCAACAACUUCGCCAUUAGGGCAGGCCAGGGCGUCAGUUUGGACAACAAGAGCGUCGGAUGCGACAUGACCAUCGCCAUGUCGUUCCCGGGUCCCUGCAAGCAGGCUGUGAUGAGGACGCGGACUGACGGCUCCGUCCUCGUCGCCAAGGGCGCCGGUGCGACGGCUGCGGUAGCGACUCGGUUCCGCGUCAGCAGCGGCGGGAUGGGCGACGAGGCACCUCCGGCCCUCAUCUUCUCGAGCAUCGAGGACAGGGACAUCCAGGAGGACAUUGGUCGCGACCACGACGUCAACAUCACAGUCAUCGGAGAGACGGCCAAGUUUACCGCAUAUAUGGAGAUUCUCCUCAAUGCGCCUGAUGGCAGGGUAUUUUCGGAGACGGCCUUGGAUGGAUUGGAGCUGUCAAUCUCGCAAGACGGCUUGUGCUGA